AAUGUAUACCUAAUGAAAAUGAGUCCUUUUACCUCCAUGGCUCUUCCCCUGCCAGCUUCUGUCCCUGUUGCAGCUAUUUCGAGUAGACUUCCAUUUCCUCCAUCAUGUACCAAACACUACGCUCCUAGUCGAGUAACUGCCCUGAAAUUGUCAAAUGAGCUCACUAUGAGGAGAUCUGCAGAUUACAAGCCUCCUAUCUGGAGCUUUGAAUACAUUCAGUCUCUGAAAGUUGAUUACGUGGAAGAAUCAUUUAGAAGGCGCAUACAAGUUGAAGGAAGAUGUUAUAGUGGUGCUAGAAGAAAAGGAGAUGGACAAGGUUCCUUCGCAACAACUCAAGCUCAUUGAUACGUUGCAAAGGCUUGGAUUAUCUUACCAUUUUGAGAAUGAAAUCAACAGAAUUUUGCAGAAAGUAUACACAAAUAAUCAGGGUUAUUAUUAUGGCUUUGAAAGAGAGAGUUUAUAUGUGGCUGCGCUAGAAUUUAGAAUUUAGAAUUUUAAGGCAACAUGGAUACAAAGUACCUCAAGGAAAUCAAUCUCAAAUUUGCUU